AUGGAUGAAGAUCAACGCGCGACGAAGAAAGUUCGUAAUAAGGAAGAUGUUGACCGUAUGGAGGAAGACCAUGCUGAUUUGGAGGCACAGUCGAAUACAGAUUUCAAUGAUAAGAUAGCAGGGAAUCAGGGAAAGCAUUCAUAUGCUAGCGCGGUAAUGGGCAACUCGAAGACGACGGUAGAUGUGGUUUCGCUCAAAGCUAUGGACGAAGUGGAGAUCCUAGAUGGUGAUUGUAUUGUAGACAACAAUGGUUCGUAUCCGGUGAUCCACUUUGCAGACCAAGUUCACGAUAGAAUUGACUAUAGCAUGCGACGCUCGGUGAUAGUUCGGCUUCUCGGACGUGCCAUUGGUUAUAAAACAUUGUUGAAUCGUAUUGGCGUUCUAUGGCAACUACAAGGUCAGUAUCAACUUAUUGAUCUAGAAAAUGACUAUUUCCUAGUGAAGUUUGAGAGGGAAGAAGAUUAUGUACAUGUCUUGAUGGAAGGACCAUGGACAAUAUUCGGGAGCUAUCUGACGGUUCAACCAUGGAGUCGUACAUUUUCCACAUUGGAAAAGCAUCCAUCGCAAGUUAUUGUAUGGGUGAUAUUACCAGGUAUUCCCUAUAGAUAUUAUUCCAAAGCGAUAUUUCGUCGGAUUGCUAUGGUUAUUGGUCAGGUUGUGAAAAUUGACUAUAGCAUGAAUUCGGGGGAGAGAGGUCGUUUUGCUCGCUUGGCGGUAUUGGUGAAUUUAAAUAAGCCACUAAUUCCAUGCCUUAAGAUUGAUGGCUUUUGGCAAAAAAUCGAGUAUGAAGGUUUGCAGCAAAUUUGUUUUCAAUGUGGAGUGUAUGGGCAUUCGAAGGAAAACUGUGGUUCUGUGGAAGGGAGUACAAGACAUGAAGGUUUAGCAGGCGAGCCUAGUGUGGAAGAGGUCACUGCAAUAGUUUCGGAUGCACCAGCGGAAGAACAUAACAAGAGGAAUGGUGAGGUUUACGCUUCUCGAAUGGAGAAUCAGGCGAAAGGGAAAGUUGUUACGGAUAGUGUACCAUUGGAGGCUAGUUCUGGCAGGCGAACAAAUACAAACAGGAAAGAGGAUGUUGGGGAUAGUCGGGCUCUUAAUCAGAUAAGUGUGAUAGCAAUGGAGGAAGGCGCGAUUCCACAGGUAACGAAAAGUCGACAUGUUACAGCUGGUGGGAGUCAUUCAGUGGUUUCAAUCUCGGAUGAUAGCAGGAACAAUAUCAUUAAGAGGAGUAACCGGGAAAUGGUAGUCGAAGAGAAGUGGGGGAAGGUUACGCUGCAUGAUGAGGGCUCGUCAGUUCAACGUGAAAACGAACAUGAGAAUUAUCAGGGCGCCGAAAGCCCUAAAUUCAGACGUCAUCUACGGGAACACUGUCGGGAGAGUCGACCUGAUCUAGUAGCGUUGUUGGAAACUCGGAUUAGUGGUAUUAAUGCUGAUAAAGUCAUCUGGAGAUUGGGAUUUCAGAAUUCUUUUAGAGUUGAAGCUCAUGGGUUUAGUGGUGGUAUUUGGAUUCUUUGGAAAGACGGGUUAAACGUGGAGAUUUUGACCAUUUCAAACCAAUUUAUUCAUGGCAGAUGCUGGUCAGAUAAUGAAAAUAGAUGGUUGUAUUUUACUGCUAUUUACGCUAGCCCACAAGUAGAGAAAUGCAAACUUAUUUGGAAGCACCUCACGAAACUUAUGCCAGGUGAAAAUGAAGCGUGGUUGCUGGAGGGUGACUUCAACUCCAUUCUACAACUAGACGAGAGGGAAUGUGGUUCAAGUCGUGAUUCAGGGGUGAGCCAAUUGUUCGUUGAUUUUGUUUUUGAAAUGGAAUUAUUUGAGGUGGAUUAUCAAGGGCUACAGUUUACGUGGAGAAGAGGUAAUUUAUUUAAACGUCUAGAUCGUUGCCUUAUGAAUAGUUGUUGGGCUAAUAUUUUUCCUGGUACGAUGGUGAUACAUCUUGGUAGAGUGGGUUCGGACCAUUGCCCUCUUGUGCUAAAACCUCAGAGUAACAUGAGUUUUCAGUCGACUCGGCCAUUUCGCUUUAUUGCGGCUUGGCAGGAUCACCCUCAAUUCAAGGAUUUUUUGUCGGAAGUUUGGAGGAAUGGUUUGGAUGCGCUAACUAACGUCAAUUCCUUCCAAAGUAAAGCUAGUGAAUGGAAUUUGAAUGUGUUUGGGCACAUAGGGAGGAAAAAACGCGAACUAUUGGCUUGGUUACGGGGUAUUGAUAGAGCGCUUAUUACUCGAUAUUCGCAACGUUUGGUGGACUUGCAACACGUGCUGGAGUAUGAACUAGAACAAGUCCUUCAACAAGAGGAGAGCUUGUGGCUGCAAAAAUCGAGAACUCAAUGGGUUCUUCAUGGUGACAAAAACACUAAAUAUUUCCACGCUUGUAAGAUGAUGAGACGUAGGCGUAAUCAUAUGGGGGCGCUUAAGGACAUGAAUGGUAACUGGGUGUCGGAGCAGGCCACUCUUUGCUCGAUGGCAGUGAAUUUCUAUAAGGAUUUAUUCACUAGUACUAAUGAAGUUGAUUAUGGAUAUCCGUUUCAGGGAUGUUUUCCUGUUCUUUCUAAUUCCGAAUUAAAUGGACUCAUACGACCGCUACUUAAUGAAGAGAUCCGUGAAGUCUUAUUUAGUAUGAGUCCGUUAAAAGAUUCGGGAGUGGAUGGACUACAUGCGAUUUUUUUCCAGCGGAAUUGGGAUACGGUUAGCACCAGCGUAUGUCAGUUGAUUCAAAGUAUUUUUGCAGGAAAAGCGUUCGAUAAGGAUUUCAAUCGAACACUCCUGGUUCUAAUUCCUAAAGUUAAAGUUCCCGAAUCCUUCAGUCAAUAUCAACCUAUUAGCUUGUGCUUUGUGUUAUACAAACUUGUUACAAAGAUAAUUGUGAAUAGGCUGAAAUCUUUUAUGAAAUUUUGGAUAUCGGAAAAUCAAACAAGCUUUGUUCCUGAAUGUUCGAUCAUGGAUAAUGUUAUUAUAGCGCAAGAGGUAAUUCACUCCAUGCGAUUGAAGAAAGGUAAGGUUGGUUUUAUGGCUAUCAAGAUUGAUCUUGAGAAAGCCUAUGACCGCCUUGAGUGGUUAUUUGUUGAGGACACGUUAAGAGAGUUGCAUAUUCCAAAGAAUCUUAGGAGACUUAUCAUGAGAUGUGUUUCUUCAGUCUCGACGCAUGUACUUUGGAAUGGUGCUAUGUCUGAAUCCUUUAAGCCAACCAGGGGGUUACGACAGGGUGAUCCUCGCCUUAAUUGUUCGUUAUGUGCAUGGAGAGGUUCUCAGGAAGUUCAAAACUUGGGUAAGUAUCUCGGAGUACCUCUGCUUCACUCUCGAGUUACGAGAUCUUCGUUUAGUCACAUAAUUUCGAGAGUCCGAGAUAAACUCACAGGAUGGAAGGCGAAAUCUUUAUCUUUGGCCGGGAGGAUUACUUUGGCUAAAACAGUAUUAUCGACUAUUCCUUUCUAUUCAAUGCAAUCUAUGAAGCUUCCGAAAGGGAUUUGUGAUGACUUAGAACAAAUAAUCCGGGGUUUUAUCUGGGGUCGGACUGAGGCGAGAAACGGCAUAUCUCUUGUUAAUUGGGAGAAUGUUUGUAAACCGAUAAGCAAUGGUGGGCUUGGCAUGAAAAAGCUAAUCGAUCAAAAUGAUACUUUUCUUAUGAAAUUAGCUUUUAAAUUGGCAACAAACUCCGACCACCUAUGGAUUAAAGUAUUACGAUCCAAGUAUAGGUGGAGGAAUGAUUUACCUGAUUCAAUUGACAGCAAGAGAAGCUCGCAUGUUUGGAAAGGAAUCUCUCACGUGUGGAGCGUGGUGCGACAGAGUUUGGUUUGGAAUAUUGGUAACGGGUGUAGGGUGGACUUUUGGGGGAUCCUUGGCUUAGUGAUGUGGGGCCUUACAUAUGCUUGUAGAUAA